UUUUUUUUUUUUUUUUUUGGAGGGAACUCGUACUAUUAUUUAUUAUUCAUUUAAUAAUUUUUUUUUUGAGAAUUAUAAUAACUAUUUUAAUUUCUACUGGUAUUAAACUUUUCAUUUCAUUUCAACCAUUUCUCCAAAUUAUUCUCCACUUAUUUUCUUAAAGAUAAAGAAAAACCGUGCAAUAAUGUUAGGUUAUUCAAACCACUACCACCACCUCCGCAGCCACACACCGCCGUCAUUACUAUUAACCGACCCUACAUACACCUAUGACGACAGCAAUUACGGCGGCGAUUAUGAAGACGACGUCAUCAUUGACCCUUCAACACCAAGCCCGGAAUUAGGCCCGCCCAAGAAGAAGGGCAAGCAAAGCGGACCCAUGACCCGGAAGAAGUGCACCCACUGUGGGACCCAGGAGACACCACAAUGGCGGUUAGGACCCAAGGGACCAUUGACCCUUUGUAAUGCUUGUGGGUUAAGCUAUCUUAGAGUGGGCCACCUUCUGCCCGAGUACAGGCCCGUUCGUAGCCCGAGUUUCUCAACCCAACUUCACUCCAAUUUCUACAGGAACCGGAAAUUGAAGGAGACUAGGAAGAAGAAGGAGAAGAUGAUUUCGGGUCGACCCAGUUCUGAAACUUUGCCCCACCCGUUUUCAAGUUUUGAUGAUUUGGCUUUGGUGAAUCCGGGUUCAAGUUCGGGUAUUUUGGAUCACCCAGUUUCCAAUUCUGAGAAGUAUGAAACCUCGCCAUUCACAGCUGGUGAAAGAACGGUGAUGCAGCUGCCAUCUUCUGGUGGCUCAAGCAAUGAUACGGAAGCUGAUGGACAGCGGAAGCCAUGGUAUUUCAAGCAAGAUGAUGAUGCACUGUACUUUAAGAUGGAUAUGCCAGGGGUGAGAAAAAAAGAUGCCAAGAUUAGUGUGGAGGGCAGCACUCUGACAGUGAAGGGGGUGAGGAAAUUGGACCCUCACUUCAGAGAUGAGGAGAACUGUCUGAAUACCUAUGUUGUUAAGGUCACCUUAGUUGAAAGGCAUCAGUACAAUAUUGAUGGGGUUAAGGCAGAACUGAAGCAUGGAGUUCUCAAAGUUAUAGUACCUAAAGUCAGGGAUGUAUCGCGUAUUCAGACCAGGUGAUGAGAUUUGCUGAAGCAUUCUAGUUAUACAGGCUUUGUGGAAAGAACUAAUUAGUCUUAUUUUGGUAAUGAUAGGAGUACAUUCUAAAUCUCAAGUAGUGCUUAGACUGCUUACCUUAUACUUUUGCUGGAAAAUCUUAGGUCUUUGGCUGUAGUGUUCUCUUGUGGUUGUGAAUAUGGGUUCUAGAUCUGCAUUGUUGCUCGACAAAGUUGUGUGUGCUAGCUAAAUUUAUGAGCCUGUGAACUUGGAUUAGUUCGAAAGUCAAGGCAUACAAAGUUCUUUCUUUCCAUGGCAUACUAAUGGUCUUAUUUGAAUAUUUUGUUACA